AUGUCUGGUAUACCCAAUAAGGCAAACAACAAUUCUGCUAUCGCGGCUAUUGGCAAUAACACGAGUAAUUAUCCAAUAUCGGUGAAUUAUACUUUGCCAGGGGUAAUGCAUUAUUUGCAAACGCAAUUUACUGCAAAUGAAAGAGCUAGAAUUGCGUGGGAAUUAGAAAAGGGUGAAUUGAAAGCCAAAAUUGCAUUAUUAGAAGGUGAAAAUAAAAAUUUGAAGAGACAAGUAUCAAUUUAUAAAGAUCAAAAUAAGGCCUCCACCGCAAAUCUGAAUGUUGAUGCUAAAACCAAUAAUUCUAAUGAUAUAAACGACAUUAUUGAAAAAUCUAAGCUAGAAAUCCAGGAAAGUGUUAAGGAAAUUGCUUAUUUACUAAAACCAGUUGAUCCUAAACAAAUAUUACCUUUAGAAGAUGAGGAUUUUGAGUCAGAGAUUAGCAGUAAUGUCAUUGGUAACACUGAGCACGGUGAUGCUUAUAACAACACUACUGGUACCGGCACUAAUGAUCAUCAUGUUACUCCUAAUAAUAAUAUUAAUAAUAAUAGAAACAAUAAGAGCUUGGAAUUAGAAUUAAAUAACAUUAGCCUGGCAAAACAGCCAAAUUUAAAUGUUGUGUCUACUAUUUCCAAUACUAACAAUAGUACCGAUGCCAAUACUGAUGUUAAUAAUAGUAUUAAAAUCAAUAACCCCAUUGUUACCACUACUGACCAUAAUAUCAGUAGUACUGUUAAUAACAGUACUAUUGAAACUGAUGCCGCUAACGGUAGUAGCAGCAACAAUAAUAAAGAUACUACUAACGCCACCAAUAUUAUUCCCAAUGGCUAUGACAUUGAAAAAGAAAUCGAACCCCCCAUGAAAAAUGUACUUCAAAACACUGAUAAUGAUGCCAACACUGUUGGUGCUACAAUAGCUCGUCCAGAUGAUAAGAAAAAUAACGGGAAUAAUAUGAUCGCAGAAACUGUAGAAUUAUCCGCACCGAUUAUUAUUAAAACAGAAGGUAGCGAAAUAGACCAGAUAAGUUGCAAUGGGGUCAACGGUGUUUUAGUUUACGACAAAUCCAAAAAUCUACUACAAUGUAAAUAUUUAGACCUGUUAAACUUGAAACAGAAAGGACAUCAAGAUUAUAUAUUAAAUUCCGUUGAGGGGAAAUUGUUAGGUAUGUGGUGGGUAACUAUAAAUCACACAAAAAACGUUUUAACUUUGGAUACAACAGGGUUAAAAUUAUGGAAUAUUGAGUCGAAUGUUAAUGAUGUAGAUGGGAAGAAAAAUAUAUCUCCUAUUGCAGAGUACAGCGACAAAUCUUUGAUCCAAAUUAUGACACCUUCUGAUAAUGGUAAGAUUUGUGUCGAUUUUAAAGGCGAUCGUUGGCUAUGUUUUAUGCUCCAUGAUAAAAUUGAAGUUUGGGAACUAACUUACCACAUUGACGAAGAAAAUAUAGGGCAAAGCUUUUCACAAAGCGAACCGGUUUCUACUGAUAGCGAUGUCGAUGAUAUAAGUACGAUUACUGAACAGCAUCAAGAAGACGAAGAUGUGCUGGAAAAUAGUGGCCCUUGUGUUACCAAUAAUAUAACUAUUGCUGCAAGGAAUAAAUAUUCAAUUGACAAUAGUGAUAUUACAUUUUCCCAGGAUAAAAUGGUAUUGGAUUGUAAAUUUGGUGUGACACAAAAAAGUUUGAUUGUAUUGACAACUGCAGGUUUGAAAAUUUAUAAUUUCACUGAUAAGUCGCUAUUAACAUUUAUAAAAUUACAUGAGAAGUUUAAUGCUACCACCGAUAAGAUUAUUGAUUCUAAUUUGAUUUUAAAUAAAGAUUCAAGUAGCAUAAUCAUCCAUAGUGAAAUUAAAAAAAAUAUUACUACGACUGUGCACAAUUUAAUAGUCUAUUCAUUUGAACAGAUGAAAAUCAUUAACAUUGUUGAUUUGGUAAAUGAGCCAAGUCAUAUAGUAUUUGACCGGGAAUUAGUCCUUAUUACAUAUAAAAAUAGAGAUACCAUUGAAGUGAGAACAAAAUAUGGAUCUUCAAUCUAUGCUUGUUAUUCUCAUUAUUCGACUGAUAUUGCUGAACUAGAUAAUAAUCAUGACGUUGGCAACAAAAAUAGUGUAGAUACUAAAGAAAACGUUUAUGUGGAUAUCAUUGAUCUUAAUAAUAUCAGAACCUUUGAUGGUAAAGUUUUUAAUGAAAAAUUAAUUGUAAGUGGCGGUAAUCUAAAUAAUGAAUUAAAAGCCCAGAUAAUUAAAUUGUAA